GGUGCGCUGACUACGCCACGCCGAUCGCGAACGCGAGUCUGGUUCAAAUGUGGCGCGGACAGUUCUGAAACUGUUGCUGGCAGUAGCGGAGUGCGAAUUGUGAACACACCGAAUUAAACGCACGCGAGUGGUUCUAAAAACGAGUUUAAGCCGGACAGUGUUUCAACCGUCAAGGGAGAUAAGAGGCUUUGGCUGCGCACGUACAUUGUAGGUGAUGGCGCGCCAGCAGUGUUGGCUGAUCCUGGCAGCCUGCGCCCUCUCAGCUAUUGUUACCUGGGGAUCGGCGAGAACUGCAAACGACGACGGAAUCUGCAUCAGGGUGACGCAGUACGUUGCUGGUGAAGGCAAGAGGGCUAUUGAUGGGACUACACUCACUUACUGUGCAGGUGAGAGGGAUUGUCGCAAAACAGCCGAUCAGGUCUGCUGUAACGGCUGGAGGCGGGACCCGGAUUCGAAGAAGUUACGCUGCAUCAAGAUCAUCAGUAAUGACUCUGCACUGGAUAUUUAUACUGACCUGGGCAGUGCUGAAGAUUCCAGACCAGUUGGCAGGUUUGAGAAUGCAUUGAAGAAAGAAGCUGGUGUCCAGAAGAACGUGAGACGCCCUCGUGGAUCACCAUCCUCGCCUGAGAACACUUCUCCUGUGAGUCCUCUUGUAAAUAUUGGCCAUAGUGAAGCAAAUGUACCUUCGAAUGGGAGUGUUAAGGUGUCAAGCACAGCUGAUGAUCACUCUGUACAGGAUCGACAACAGGCCUCGCAAAAUGCCUCUCCGGACGUGGCAGCCAAAGGAAAUGGGAAGACUGGAACUGGGGCACUCAAGAGCAAUCCGACCAACUCUCCAGCGAUUCCGGCUGUAGCUAGCAGUGGUACCGGCCACACGUUGACAAAUGGGAAACAGCCAGUAGAGCCUCCGGGAAGCAGUGCCAAUAACACUCAAUCCGAGCCAAAUGCUGCGAGCAGUGCUCAGCUACCUGUCACUGCCACCAGGGAUGCCCCACAUUCCAGUACAGAGAAACAAUCUCGACCCUCCGAAAGCCAUACAGAAGUGACUGGUACUAACCAGGAAUCCUCGAAGAAUGGGCCAGCGUCUGCACAUGAACAGUCGAACACCAUUUCUAGCCAGGUUGAAGAGCCACAUGGCGUUCAACCAGUGGUUGUUCACGCUGAACCCAAAAACGACGGUAGCAGUCCCAGCAAAAUCGGCCACUCUGAGGUGGACUCACAGACACCUGCCAUGAAGGAACACAGUGACCAGCAUGGGGACACCACCCAAACGAGAGGCCCAGCAGGACCAGUGAGAAGUUCUGUCGCCACAGCGUCCACUGCUGCCAGCGGCGCGACCACCAGCAUGACUUCACAGCCACCAGUUCCCAUCACAGACCUGACAGUGGCCACCAGUACCUCCAGAGUACAGCCCCAGGGGGGGCAGACUGUCACCAGUCUGAGUCCAUCGAUCAGCCACAGUGUUGACCCAGUAACGACUGUCUCAUCAGUGUCCACUACCCCCAGCGAAGGCAGAGGGUCUGCAAGCCCAUCGGGGCAAAGCAAUAACCAUCCAACUGCCAGUGGUUCUGUAGUCCAUGUACCUAUGCAUUCUGAUCAAGACAUCAGUUCCACGAACCAAAGUGCGCAAGAUACAGGAGGACCCCUGACACUCACAAGCGAAGAUCUGGCCCAUGGACGUCAUGAGGACACCAUACCAUCGCCAGGCACCUUUCAGUCCACCUCUGCACCACCCACUCCCGUCACCACCAUGCAUUACAGUGCAUCCACCACCACCGCAACCAGCACUAAUGUAUCAGCAUCUGCAGCAGUCAGCACCAACACAACUGGUGCUGCUGCAUCACAGCCACAAGGCUCCAAUGGCACACACGUAAUAGAAAAGGGAACACUUGACAACACCGUCCAUGGGGGACCUUCAGCUCCACUUGAAAUCGCUACAACUGCAUCGAAUCAGACCAUCACCCAUGCAGGCACCACUCCUGCAAGUGCUGGCAUCAGAGCCAGUGUUCCAGUUUUACAGCAUCCAAACGUGCAUACAGGUAACAUCAACGCGUACAACGUUACAGUGGAAACCAAGAGCGGCAACGGAAGUAAAACCCAAGGGGCCUCGGCUGGAGAUUCUUCUGCGACUGCCGGUCAACAGGGAGGCACCAGCGCUGCCAACAGUACGGAGAAGAACGGCAACGGCACCAGUAUUGCCAACUGCUCACUCGCUGAACCGCUAAAGAACUGCAAUAACACUAACGAUACCGCCCCCACUGUUACGCCGCAGUCGUCGACGGCGCCACCAGUCGCAAAACCGCUGGGUGACAAGGCUCGCGCCGGAACCGCACUGCCAUCUGGCCGCAGCGCGUCGAAAACGGCGAGCGAGGUGACUAUCAGCUUGCUUCUCGUGGCAGCCGUCGCCUUCGUGGUGGCGCUGCUGUACUGGCGCUCGCGGCGGCGGAGGCGGCGCUAUAUAAACUGCGGCACUCGCGAGCCAAAUCUCCACUUCUCAAACCCAGUGUACGACCUGGAGGCAAUGAUGGAACAAACGUCUCUGGUGAAGCUGCAGAAUGCUGCAGACGUCGAAGAUGGCGAUCUCGAAGACUCGGACCGUGACGCAACUUUCCAGAGGAAGUGAGCUUGGGCCAACAGGGCCGUGACAUGGAUUGCUAAUACAUGGAUCAGGAGAGCAUGUGGACCCAUCAGGCAUAAGAAAUCUGUGGGACCCCACAGUCAGUGCUGUAAUGAAACUUUCUGUCGUUUGUGUUGCUGGUUUUCCUCGCAGUCCAUGAGCUGUGUGUCAGUGCAUUGUGAUGUCAGAGUAUUAAGCAUUUAGAUAACUAGUGUGUCAGAAAUGGAGCUGAAAUGUGGCCCAAUUCGCUACAUCCUAAGUUUUUGCGCAUCAGACUGCCUGAUGUCAGUGUGUCGAUGUUACUUUGUGAAGAUUCAAAUUUUUUGUGUUUAAAAUUUGAGGGUGGCCUCCUUAAAGGGGGAAUAUUUUGCACUUUCACAGGAAAUUGGAUUUAUUACCAGAUGUUCUACAAUAUUUUUCUUGUGUAUGCUGAAAUAAUUUUCAGUUUAGUAAGAUGUUGAUAGUUUUGUGUAACAUUUGGGUGAUGCCGAAUGUGAAAUUUUUCACCAUGACAUUUAAGACCAGUUCAUUUCCUACAGCUGCAGAAAGAUUUUUCUUUUUCUCUAUCUCUGUUCUAAGUCUAUUUUAUAGAUUUAUUAUUGUACAUGUUUCUUUUAUCUUUUAUGACAAAAGAUCGUCAUGCAUUGCUGAUGUAAUUUCUGAAUUCUGUAAUUUCUUGUGACACAGUAUUCGAACAUUGUGCUGAAUUUUAAGUCAGUUGACAUUCAUUACUAACUAUAACUGUUUCUUAAUGGUAGUUUUAUUUUGACAGAAAACAUGGUGUGCUAUUUA